CUUAACCAGUGUUUAUUUCCAAAAACCCAGCACGUAACGGCAUCGCCUCGUGGUGGGAACUUCCUUUCCAGAUGCAAUUCUUCACUCUCCUUGUCUCGCUGAUAGCAACCGUUGCAGCAACCUCGACGUGUUCUGACAACCCGGCCUUCCGCCGCUUCAGCUUUGGUGGCAUCAAAGGACUUAUCGUAUCGGACGGCCCUGCAAUAUUUACCGAAAACCCAUUUCUGGUCCCUGAUGCCGUCGUGCGACGCAGUCGCAGGGCGUCGUUCCGUUCCGUGAGCCCGCUGAUCGGCCAGCAAAACGUUGCCAUUAUCGAUCUUCCAGACGCACGCGUUAUGGUCGACGCUGGCUCUGUCAACAUCCCCGAGUUCCCGCAGUUCAGAAACGCGGGUAGGCUUAUCUCAAACAUGAAAGCCGCCGGUGUUGAGCCAGAGAGUAUAAACGCCGUUCUUUUCACCCACGCGCAUGGCGAUCAUGUGUCGGGCGUGACCACCGUGGAUGGAAAGGCCGCGUUUCCGAACGCAAAACUGUACAUCAGCAAGGUCGAUCAUGAAUUUUGGACGCAGGAGAACGUGCCCAACCUUAAACCAGAAGUCAUUCCGAACGAUAUGAUUCAGGCUCUGAAAGACAUUUACUUGCGCUCGAUCAAACCUUAUGGAGGUCGUGUCGUGCUUGUGGAAGCAAACGGCAAGCCUCUUCGUGGGGUCACGUUCAUCCCAACGCCUGGACAUAGCCCUGGCCACAGUGCCGUGCGAUUCCAAGGCAAAGGAGAGGCUCUCUUCGCGACGGGUGAUUCGUGGAUCACCAAGGCAGACCAACUGGAAAACCCGGAGUGGGAGUUCUUCAUUGAGCUGGAUGCGGUUCAGGCAUACAAAUCGCGUAUCAAAGCAUUGAACGGUGCCGCUAGGCGCCGCGACCUUGUCCUUUCAUACCACGAAUCCUUCCCUGGCCUUGGUCAUGUCUCUGUGAACGGGGCUGCAUUCUCUUGGACGCCGGCGGAGACAGAGUUUAUGGGAACAGCUGUUAAGACAGAGUGCUGAUUCAGCGGGUCGCUGGAGAGAUCGCAUUGAGCGUUGGAAGACAUCUGCAGAGUUGGUGUUUCUAGCUACCACUGGUAGUUACUCGGAAGUACAAAUACAGUCGGUGUAUCGUAUACAGUGGCCCUUACGCAUUAGUGCCGCUUUUGUUUGUGCCACCCUCCCAAUAGUGCAGGCCCAGACGCAAGAACACGAAAAGUGCCACGUGUCAUACGGUUCCGACGGUUACGCUACUGUCUGUACGUGUCAAACAUGUAAAGCCGCUUUCUAGU